UCUCGUAUAGUAGAAAAGACCAUUCUGAUCCACACUCCAUUUCAGAAGGUGGCGGUAAUGCGCAUCUAAAAGUUGUUUGCCAACCGUCAUAAAAAAAGAAAAAGAAGAAGAAGAAGCUACCGCGUCACUUGACCCUUUACCUUUACCGUGCAGCCCCACAUGACCGCAAAAUGGCGGCUUCUAUUCAAGGCGUCGCAAUGGUUUUGUGCAGGCUAUCGCCUUCCAUUUUUCACCCACUACGACAUUAUAAGUUGUUUUUACAGAGACUACCUGGGACACAAUACAUGUGCCCCUCUCCAUUCACAAGCCCCAAUAACUCUUUCUGCAAAGCGACAUCACUCUUGACUAAGGACACUUUUCAGGCUGCUGAGGCUCUCUCCAGCUACAAGGACAGACCCUGGGAUUACCUGGAUAGUGAAGAGUACAUUGAGAGGUAUGGAACCAAUCCAGUGUGGGCAGGGUACAGGAGGAACCACAAAGGAGGCAUUCCCCCACAGAAGACACGCAAGACCUGCAUUAGAGGAGACAAGAUAUGUGGAAACCCUUGUCCAAUUUGUCGGGAUCCAAAGACUAUUAUCCAUCAUCAGAAUGUGAAGUUAUUGCAGCAGUUCAUUAGUCCCCACACUGGAAUGGUGUAUGAUCCCACUCAAACUGGUUUGUGUAUGAAACAACAGAAGAAGCUAAAUGAGGCCAUCAACACAGCACGAGAUCGCGGCCUACUAUCCUUUCAGAUACCAUAUGUGGAAUUUUCAGGAGAAGACUUCUCCAAUUCCCAUGAUGCUGUGGGGUCCACACCAUCUCCCCCAUCCCUAACCUCUGGGGACACCUGGUAUUAUUGGUACAGUGAAAUAAUGCCUGAUGAUAGAGAAGUGGCCAAAGUCAAGAAGACAUACAAGGCUUACUUAAAGUGAUUGAGACUAUACGUGAAACUUAAAAUAAAUAAACCAUGUGGUGAAAAAUGUAUUCAUUUUAUUGUUUAACUUGAGAUCUUUAACACCAUUAAAGACAUUUUUCUCAGCGUA